CACGCUUGUUGAUUUGUUUACCUACCCAACAUCGCCCUCGUCAUGAGGUCGACGAUGGGGCUGUCCUGGAAGUGGACAGCACUCCUCAGCCUUCUCAGUGCAAUUCUGUGUCUGGUUGGGCCGGCCUUGGCUGUCAAGGAACAUGACUUCAAAAAGUGCGACCAGGCCGGCUUCUGCAAACGAAACCGUGCCUUGGCGGAUCUUGCCGCUUCCCAGAGCUCGACCUGGGUGUCUCCCUACAAAGCUGUUCUCGAAUCGCCCUCUUUGAAAGACGGACAGAUCCAAGGUGUCAUUCUCAAGACGAUCAAUGCCGCCGGCGACACGGUUCGACUGCCAGUCACAAUCUCAUUCCUCGAAUCGGGUGUUGCUCGUCUCGUGAUUGACGAGGAGAAGCGGCAAAACAAGGACAUUGAGCUUAGACACGGCAGCAUCGCCAGAAAGGAACGCUACAAUGAGGCCGCGAACUGGUCCAUUGUUGGCGGCCUUGAGCCGGAUCUGAAAGCCGAGAUUGUCCACCAGGACGACUCUCAGAUCAAUGUCAAAUACGGCCCCGACGCCAACUUUGAGGCCGUCAUCAGACUCUCGCCCUUUAGGAUUGAUUUCCGGAGAGAUGGUGUCUCGCACAUCGAGCUCAACGAACGUGGUCUGCUCAACGUUGAGCAUUGGAGAGCAAAGGUCGAAAGACCAGAGGGAGAAGAGAACCCUGAGGAGGACGAAAGCACCUGGUGGGAUGAGACCUUCAACGGACAUACCGAUACCAAGCCUCGCGGUCCCGAGAGUGUGGCCUUGGACAUUUCGUUCCACGGAUACGAGCAUGUCUAUGGUAUCCCCGAGCACACCGGACCCCUCUCUCUCAAGGAAACUCGAGGCGGCGAAGGCAACUAUGCGGAACCCUAUCGCAUGUACAACGCCGACGUCUUUGAGUACAUUCUUGACAGCCCCAUGACCCUCUAUGGCUCCAUCCCUUUCAUGCAGGCUCACCGAAAGGAUUCUUCCGUCGGUGUCUUGUGGCUCAACGCAGCGGAUACCUGGGUCGAUAUUACAAAGGUCAAAGGCAGCAGCAACCCUCUGAGUCUCAAAUCCAGUGUCCCGAAAAACACCCAAACUCACUGGAUCUCCGAAAGCGGUAUCAUUGAUCUCUUUGUUUUCUUGGGCCCCACGCCUCAGGACAUUACGAAGAGGUAUACUGAGCUGACGGGAACAACCGCUAUGCCUCAGGAGUUUGCCCUCGGCUACCACCAGUGCCGAUGGAACUACAUCUCUGAAGACGACGUCAAAGAUGUUGACCGCAGGUUUGACAAGGCUCAUGUGCCGUAUGAUGUCAUCUGGCUGGAUAUCGAGUACACCGAUGACGGAAAAUACUUCACCUGGGACCCUCAUUCGUUCAGCGACCCCAUCAGUAUCGGUAAACAACUGGACAGCCACGGCAGAAAGCUUGUGACGAUCAUUGAUCCACACAUCAAGAGGGUUGACAACUAUCCUAUCAAUGAGCAACUCCUGGCUCUUGACCUCGCCGUUCACGACAAGGACGGCAAGACCUAUGAAGGCUCGUGCUGGCCAGGCAAUUCCAACUGGAUUGACUGCUUCAACCCCAAGGCCCGUGAAUGGUGGAAGGGUCUGCACAAAUACGACACGUUCAAGGGAACAAUGGAGAACACCUUCAUCUGGAACGACAUGAACGAACCCUCGGUCUUUGAAGGCCCAGAGACUACCAUGCCCAAGGACAACCUCCACUGGGACAACUGGGAGCACCGAGAUGUCCACAACCUGAACGGAAUGACAUAUCAUCACUCUACCUUUGAAGCUCUCAAGAGCCGUAAGAAGGGCGAGUACCGACGUCCGUUCGUGCUGACCCGAGCUUUCUUCUCCGGCUCCCAGCGCUUUGGUGCCAUGUGGACCGGCGACAACUUGGCGGACUGGGGCCACCUGCAGACCUCCGUGACCAUGCUCCUGAACCAGGGUAUCUCUGGAUUCCCGUUCUCGGGAGCUGAUGUCGCGGGAUUCUUCGGAGACCCUGAGAAGGACUUGCUCGCCCGUUGGUACCAGACGGCUGCGUUUUAUCCGUUCUUCCGAGCCCAUGCUCACAUCGACACCCGUCGCCGUGAGCCAUACUUGCUUGGCGAGCCCUAUACUGCCAUUGUUACUGCAGCACUGCGACUGCGAUACUCUCUCUUGCCCGCGUGGUACACUGCCUUCUACCACUCAAACCGAGAUGGCAGCCCUAUCCUUCGCCCGAUGUUCUGGACGCAUCCGUCCGCUGAGGGAGGCUUGGCGAUUGAUGACCAGUUCUUCCUGGCAUCAACCGGCUUGCUCGUUAAGCCCGUGGCAGAGAAAGACAAGUACAGCGCGGAUAUCUGGAUCCCGGAUGAUGAGGUUUACUACGAGUACGAUACGUACAACGUGGCGAAGACUGAGCAGGGCAAGCACGUUACAUUUGACACUCCCAUCGACCGCAUCCCCAUCCUGAUGCGAGGAGGCCACAUCAUCCCACGCCGUGAUAUCCCCCGUCGCUCAAGCUCUCUCAUGCGUUUCGACCCCUACACUCUUGUCGUCUCCGUCUCCAAGGACGGUCAGGCCGAAGGAGAGCUGUACGUCGAUGAUGGUGAUAGCUACGAGUUUGAAGAUGGUCAAUACAUCCAUCGCAAGUUCAGCCUGAAGGACGAUGUUCUUUCUUCAGUCGAUGCUGAAGGCCGGGAUAGCCGAAAGAUCAAGCCUGGCAAGUGGCUCAAGGCUAUGCAGAACGUCCACAUCGACAAGAUCAUCAUCAUUGGCGCUCCUGCCUCGUGGGACCGAGAAGCGGUACAGAUCGAAUCAGACGGACGUGCCUGGGCCGCCAAGGUGCACUACCACGCCGCCGACAAGGACAGGGCUGCAUUUGCAACUGUAACCCAUGUGAAGGCCCGUGUUGGGGAUGACUGGAGCAUCAAGCUGGCUUAGAUGAUCGAGUCACGGAGCUUUCUUUU